AUAAUAGAAAUCUAACAUUGUUUUGGAAUGAAUUCGGAUACCAGAGUAACAAGGACAUGGAGAAACCUUUAGAUUCUAUUCAAUAUCAAAGAAGACAAGCCAUGGCCAUCCCACUCAUCAUACAAUGUGAUCUUUGUCUUAAAUGGAGAGUCUUGCCUUCCUCUACUUAUUAUCAGGAAAAAGAGUGUCUUGAUGUCUGGAUUUGUACUAAUAAUCCUAACCUCUCGGAGAACAGCUGUCAUCAGAUAGAACGUCUACCUUCCAUCCCCCUGGGCACCAUGAACACAGUAUCACCAUCUAAAAAUGAGAAAGAGAAGCAACUUACAGAGUCGAUCCAAAGGUAUCAAAAUCGACUGGCAGAACAGCAGCCACAGUCUCAAUUUAUACCAAUGGACAGGAUCACUGAGCUCACGUCCACCUGCCCAAUUGCCACACGUAAGGAAAAUACCAAAACUCAGAAAACCAGACUUUUGAGGGAUGACUUGAAGCAUGAAUCUCUUUCAUCCUUUAAGCUUUCCAUCAGCCACAGAGGCCAAAAAAGGUACACGGAAGGGGCAGACUCUGAUGUGGAGUAUGUUUCAGAGACUAAAAUUAUGAAGAAGUCUGUGAAGAAGAACGCGAAACCUCAACAGCAGAGUUAUCCAGCAGCUCUGCCAGUAAAUGUCAGACUAGCUGAGAGAUCCCAGAAAAGUCAGAUUGCUGCCUCUUCUUGGAAAAUGAAAAGGAAGCAGAGUCACAACUUUGUACAGGAGUAUAAGGUAUUGACUGAAGUUGAAAACGGAAACAGUGAUCCAGAUAUUGUCCUGGUUUCAGAUAAAAGUGACACUGAUGUUUCACUGAAACAAGAAAGAAAGGAAAUUCUUCUUAUAGACAAAGAAAAACAGGAGCCAUGCAGUGAUGCUCCUGUGAUGGAAACAAGCUCUUCAUUACCUAAUUGGAAAAGCUUGCCCAGUGUGCCUCUGGAAGAUGUAAAUCUAAAUUGUGGACACAAAGGAAAGGUUUCUGUGAGUGGCAAUUGUCAAGUUGAUUCUUCAUUGACAACAUCUUCUUCAACCAUAUCUGUCAAGGAAAUAGUGAGAAAACUGACAUCUAACUUAAGGGAGAUUCUUCUGUAUUUUUUUCGUGAGUGUCAGCUACCAUUAGAAUUUGACUGCACAUCUGUGGAAGAACUUAUAUCAAGUUCUGAGCUGGAACAAUGCCCAGAGCAGACAAACAAAAAGCUGAAAAUGUGUUUCAACCAGAUCCAGAAUAUUUAUAUGGUCCAAUAUGAAAAAAAACUAAAGAGAAAAAUUCAGUCUGUUAUCUAUGAUGCAAAUCGAAGAGGAGUACUAAAUGAAAUCUGUCUGGGGCAAUGUGAAAAAAAAAGAAAAAUGACCGAGGAUAAACUGAAGAAUCUUCGCGUAAAACUGGAAGCAGUGCUGCAGAAACUUCAGCUGGGUGGUCCUGCAGGUGACCUGGAGCAGAUUGACACUUAUUUAGAAGCUUUGCUUAAAGAAGAUAAUCUCCUUUUCCAGAAGACUUUAAAUAAAGUGACUAUAGAUACAGAACCUAGUCUCCCUUUAGGAAAAAAUUAAAAGGCUUUUCAAAAUUAAAAGUCAGAGAAGGUAUUCCCCCUUUAAAAUGCUAAUAAGAAAACUAAAAGAUUCUUUUUUAAAAGUUUCUUUUGUUGUUGUUGUUAUUGCAAAUUCAUCCUGCUUAACUCUAAGAAA